UUCAAUUCAAGUUAUUGACUCAAAUGUGCCUCUCGAGUGUUUUGUGUGACUGAGAAAUUUCCACUUUUGUGCCGUUCUUUUGAAGUGUCGCCUCGACAAGAGUGCGCGAAAAGUGCAUCAAAUCCACUUGAAGACAAAACCUUCCCAAAAAGCCACUUGACUCUCAGCCAAGCUCUGCACGCAGUGGCUUUUUUUUUGUACAGAAAUGACCUACUUCUAAGAUCCACACAACUUCAGCCAUUCACUUUCGCAUCCCAAUAAAAAAAGGCAGCGAGAUCGAGUGCAAAAAAAAUACCUCAAAACGAUUGGAGAUUUAUUUUGGGAGUGAAGCUUGAGGAAAAUCAGGAGGGAAAAGCUCAGUUUCAUUGUGCAAAAGUCAGUGAAGUGACUCUCUCUCUCUCUCUCUCUGUGCAUUUUGGAAGACACUCGCAAACAACAAUAAAUUGCCCAACGCUUCAUUCUUCCUCUGGCGUGAAAAUUGUUUUUUUUUUAAAGUGAAUUUCAGUGGAAGGAAAAGACAAGAAUAAAACCCCUCGAAAGACCAAUUCAGAGUCACUUCGAAAAUGUGUGUAAAAAUUCACUCAAUGUGUUCCCAAUAGGAUUUCAAUAGUGAAAGCGUUUGUGUGUGAAAAAAAACAUCAAAGCUUAAUGCAGCACAACUUUUCCAAUUAAUAUCAGAGUCUUUCUCUCUUUUUCUCCCUUUUUUGACUCUCUCUCUCUCUCUCUCCCUCUCAAAAACCAAAUUGCGCGAAAGUCAAUGGAAUUGCAUACGACAGUUGCCAAAAGUGCACAAGAAGCGAAGGAAGAACAGCAACUUGACCGGAACUGAACUUGGAGGAAACGAGAUUCUCGCGCGCGAGCGCGAAGAGUGAGAGGAAAACUCCCACAGAAAAACGCCCGCGAGAGUUCACAUGCCUCAAGGAUUUCCAUAUAUCCAGUUUCGCUCUUAAAAAUUAUGUGUGAAAGUUGAAUAAUUUGCACUUUGAUGGGCGACAGAGUGGGGCAACAUCAGCAGGAACUACAACAGCAACACAGAGCCGACCAGGAAGGCUCCUGGCCAUAGAACAAUCGCCACAAGAUCCGACAUCUUGGGAACUCUCUGUGAUCUUUCCUUGCAAACAACUCAGCAGAAAAAAAAUGACUCUCAACGGUGAUUCUGUGCCAAGUGUGCGACAAAAGAGGCUGAAGAGCUUGAGGAAAAUUCCCCAUUUAAUCCCUCAUGUUGUGUUAUUGCUAGUAUUUCAUCAAAGUAUCGGAAUAAAUAGUCAAGUGUGCGGUCCUCCGGCCGUUCCCGCCAAUUCGCGCGUAGGAAUUGCAACAAUCGACAGUGGCUACGUGGAAGCGCGCUACGAGUGUGACUCUGGCUAUGAGCUGUUCGGCUCGCCCACCAUCAGAUGCGACCCGAAACGUGGAUGGGACAAAGACAUUCCAUUUUGCGGCACGAAUGUCGCCUUCCGGAAGCCCGUGAAUCAGUCCUCCGCCACCAGAGCGGGACCCGCGAGUUUUGCCAAUGACGGGAAGCUGGGCAACCAGAAUCCCGACGGUCAGGAGUGCUCGGAGACGCAGAAGGAGCCGUCGCCGUGGUGGCGCGUGGAUUUGCUGAUGCCGCAAGCGGUGCGCGUGGUCAGGAUCACCACCAGAGGCUGCUGUGGCUUCCAGCCCAUCCAGGAUCUGGAGAUCCGCGUGGGCAACAGCAGCACCGAUCUGCAAAGGAAUCCUCUGUGUGCGUGGUUUCCGGGCACAGUCGAUGAGGGCACAACUAAAGUGUUCACCUGCGCCCGACCCCUCGUGGGUCAAUUUGUGGCCAUUCAGCUGGUCGGCGUCGAGGGCAGCCUGAGUCUGUGCGAAGUGGAAGUCUUCACCAAUGACGAGUUCUCGCCAGAGCGCUGCGCCGCGCCCGAUCUCAGCGCCGACACGCUCCUGGCCACCUUCUCGCGCACCUGCUACGAAUUCCACGUGACCCGCGGCGAGAGCUUCGACCGCGCACGCAAGAUUUGCCAAUCGCACGGCGGCGAUCUGAUCCACAGCUUCCGCGGACCGGCGCACGAGUACAUCCUGUCGGAGCUGGACCGGCGGAAAGCGGACCUGCGCACGCAGCUGGUGUGGAUUGGCGCACAGAAGGAGCCCGGCAUUACGUCACGCGUGUGGAAAUGGGUCAACGGCGAUGUCGUCCUGAAGCCCGCUUGGGGAAAGGAUCAGCCCAACAAUUACAACGGAGAGCAGAAUUGCGUGGUCCUGGACGGAGGCCGGAAUUGGCUGUGGAACGAUGUUGGCUGCAAUUUGGACUAUCUUCACUUCAUCUGCCAACACGCUCCUCUCUCUUGUGGCUCUCCGGAUUCGCUGCAGAACACCACGGUGUCCGGGAAGAACUUCACCAUCGGAGCUGUUAUUGAGUACUCGUGCGCCAAAGGCCUGGCCAUGCUGGGCGACAACACCAGACGCUGCGAAGCGUCCGGAUUGUGGAGCGGAUCGGCGCCCACGUGUCAGUACGUGGAUUGCGGAGAACUGUCGCCUCUGGAGCACGGCGGAGUGAUCAUGUCGGAGCCCAGGACGACGUUCGGCGUGCAGGCCACUUACUCCUGCCACGAGAACUACACUCUCAUAGGCAAUGAGAACAGGACGUGCCAGCUGGAAGGGUGGUCAGGGAAGAAGCCUCAGUGCCUGGUUGACUGGUGUCCAGAGCCGCCGCCGGUGACCGGCGGAUCAGUGCGGCUGUCGGGCAAGAGAGCGGGCUCCACCGCAACUUAUGGUUGUGAUUCCGGGCACGUGCUGAUCGGAGAUCCUGUCCUGUCGUGCGGUCUGGGCGGCGAAUGGACAGGACGUCCGCCAAUCUGCCGGUACGUCGACUGUGGCGCCCCCGCGCGGCCCGACAGAGGCAACAUCGUCCUCCUGAAUGGCACCACGACCGUGGGCAGCACGGCCACGUUCCACUGCGACAGGGACUUCUGGCUGGUGGGGCCGCAGGAGCUCACGUGCACGAAGGAGGGCAAGUGGAGCGGAGACGCGCCGGCGUGUGAGCUCAUCACUUGCGAGACGCCCAACGUUCCGCCAGGAUCUUACGUCGUGGGCUACGACUACAACAUCCACUCCUCCAUUGAGUACCACUGCGAUCCUGGACACUUGCUGCGCGGCGAGAGGAGACUCACGUGCCAGGAAUCCGGCGAGUGGAGUGGCGAAGCGCCCUUCUGCGAGUACGUCGAUUGCGGCGCACUGUCGCCCAUCCCUUACGGCACUCAUCGAUACACGCAGAACACAACUUAUGUGGGAUCGGAAGUCAGCUACUCCUGCACAAAUUCCCAUCGCCUGUCCGGCGUGGCGAAGAGAACGUGUCUGGAUUCUGGGCUGUGGAGCGACUCGGCGCCCAAAUGCGAAGAGAUCAGAUGCACAGAACCCACAAUUGCCGCUCACAGCAUCCUUUCGGUCACCGGCAAUGACAGGAUGUACGGCAGGACGCUGAUCAGGACGUCAGAUUCACUGCAGAACACCUUCCAGACGUACAAGAUCGGCGCCUUGGCCAAGUACAGGUGCGAACGAGGCUACAAAAUCAUGGGCGAUCCACUGAUCACCUGCGAAGACAACGGACAGUGGGCCGGAUUGGUUCCCGAGUGUAUUUACGUGGAUUGCCAGCAACCGUCGGGCAUCCAGUAUGGCAAGAUGACCCUGGCCACGAAUGCCACUUACUACGGAGCAGCCGCGCUCUAUGAGUGCGACAGCAACUUCAAGCUGGACGGAGUGUCGCGAAGAUUGUGCUUGGAAGACGGGACGUGGAGUCACGAGACGCCAGCUUGCAGAGAAAUCACCUGCGACGAUCCAGAUGUCACGGAAAAUGUGGUGGUGAAUGCUGGGACACGCUCUGUGGGCACCGUGGCGCAGUUCUCCUGCACGAAGGGGCGCUACUUGGUGGGAAACGCCACCAGACUGUGUCUGAAGCACGGCCAGUGGAGCGGCAAGAGUCCCAUCUGCAAACCCGUGGACUGCGAGCGGCCGCCGCCCAUUGAGUUCGGCCGGGUGAUCGUGGUGAACGAGUCAACGGUCUACGGGGCCAAUGCGGAGUACCACUGCGUGCCCAACUACCAAAGAAUCGGGCCCUACCUGCGGAAGUGCAUGGAGACGGGGAAGUGGAGCGGCGAGGAGCCCAGAUGCGAGCUGGCCACGAACGAGGCUCAGGAGUCCACUGGGCUGGGCACGGGAAUCGCCAUCGGAGCGGCCAUCAUUGUCAUCCUGCUGGUCAUCAUUGGGCUGGUUGUGCUGCACAAGAACAAGGCGCGCCCCGUGAAGAACACGGAGAACGUCCAGGCGGCCGAGCGCAAGGAGGACGCCAAUGCCGCCGUGAUGUCGUACUCCAGCCUCGAGAACACGCGUCCGCCGGCGUCAUUUGAUCUCACAAAUCGCGCCACGUUCAACACAUUCCAGCCCACGCGACCCGCGAAUCACAUCACGAACAACAACACCCCAUCUGGGCGCUCCACAGAGAACAUCUACGAUCAAAUACCAUCGGAGCAAUACUACGAUGCGCCGUACGAAAUGCGCACCAAUGAUGAGGUUUACGAGCCCGAACCCACCCCCACGUCCGGCAAUAUUGUCACAAUCAAUGGCAUCAACGUCCGGUGAGACGCUGAGAAGUGAUGUUCGUACUCUUUGGCCCUCCACGAGGGACACAAACGCGCAUUUCUCGCCCCAUCUUCAUCCUCCUGCACUGCACCGCCCAGUCAUCUCUCACCCGUCAUCUCUGCACCCACACGAGACACCCACACACACUACCCCCCGGAUGGGGAGCGCCGGAGAUGCCCAGUGCGCGCGGACUGGAGUGGGCGCGAAGAUGAAAAUAUGGACUUAUUGCAAUUAUUUUCUACCUUGUACAUACUAUUUAUAUGUGAAAUCUUGUCUAGGCAUAAGGAAAGUGUAUCUGAUAGUGUGUAUUGUUGAGAGAAUCCCCGAGAAGGGUAGAUUUUUGAGAAAUA